GCUAUUUCAUCAAUUUGCAAUUUGUAGCCUAGCCAGGUAACUUUAUGUGCUGUAGCUAGCUAGCUAUAGUUGUACUACUAUACUAUACUGGACUGUAGGCUAGAAUGUCUGACAAGGUGCAAAGGGAUCUAGAUUAUAACCUCUGGCCCUGGCGCCGGAGAUGGCCAGAAGCCUCUUCAAUGUCAAGUGAUGGAAAAUCUGUCACAGUGCUGAAUUCCCAACAUCGAGAAACAGUCAUGCCGUUUAUAUCAGACACAAAACAACAAAAGGGCAAGCUGAAUACACCAGUUGAUCCCCUCACACAGGAGUUAAGUUUCAUUUCGCCAUUCCCCGACUUCCCCGACUUCGAAAGCGGCGUGUUGUCUUCAUUUCAAACAGUCUUUUUUGAGGCGGCGUUUGAGGUGGCGUUUGAGGCCACUGCGUGGGCGUUGGAGGCAAAUGCGGAAGCAUUGGAGGCCACUGCGUGGGCGUGGGAGUUGGAGGCGAAGGCGUGGUUUGCGUUGGACGCGUUGGACGCGUUGAAAGCGUUGGACACAGUGGACACAUUGAACACAUUGGACAUGUUGAAAGCAUCGGACAGGUUGGACGCGUUGAAGGUGUUGGACGCGUUGAACGUGUUGGAGUUGGACUCGUUGGAACAGAGUAUAGACAGGAUAAAAGCUGAACUGGAAGCUAUACUGGAAGCUAUACUGGAAGCUAGACUGGAAGCUAGACUGGAAGCUAGACUGAAAAGAAUCCGAACUCUUCGCGUAUUUUGUUGGACACUUACUAAAAAAGUGUCCGCGUCAUUCUCACUGAAAGAGUUGAUCUCUCUCCUCAAGAGCCUUCGCUCGGGGUGGGGUCCUCCACUGGAAAUGGCCACAAGGAUGCUCAACUCCAAGUUCUGGGUAAUGGAGGCGGACGUCUGGGCUGACCUGCUCAUCGUCUGUUGCUGGGCCAACCCCACGAUCUACUGUAAAGAAUGCGGCAAAGACGUGGAAUCAGUCACCACCUCUUGCAAACAUGUUGUGUGUCCUGUUUGUGCUGUGGGGAAGGGAAAUGGUUCAAGCUGUCCCAAAUGUGGUGAAAUAUUUACUGUCUUGGUUUUCACGUCAGCUUUGCCAUCCACACAGGAAAAACCAAUAAGGAAGCGUCGUCUUGGUGAGCCACCAACAACUGCCACUAAGAGACCAUGUAUUGACUCAGGCACGUCAAUGGUUACGAGAUCAAGAAGCAAACCAGCCAAGCAAACAAAACAAGUGUCAGCCAUCCCCCUCACAACACCAGACCCUGCACCUCCAGCUUCGAAGGGAUCAUGCUCUCAUGAAGGUCAGUCUGAAUCGCUCACACCUGACAACCUUCAUAAGCUACUGGUUGACCUCCGCCCUGCCAUGAUCAAGUGGUACUACCUUGGCCUGGCUCUGGGCCUCCGUCAUCAUGACCUCGAUGCAAUUGAGAUCAAACGGAGAGGCGAUAGUCUAGACUGUCUCAGGGAGAUGCUUAUCACGAGGUUAGAGCGAAAGCUGAGUAAAGAGGAGCUUAUUCAAUCCUUGCAAGAAGAGACGGUGGGAUUUUCCGAACUAGCACAGACGUUAAAGACUCAAAACAGUGGUGAUCCCAAACUAACAGUGAAAUUUGACACGGAACUUUAUGGACCAUAGCUCUGGUAGAGCAUAAUAGGUGUGACGUGGCUUAGUGUGAUGGCUUAGUAAAUUCCCUAAAUUUUGAAUACAUCAUUAUACUCCUUC